UACAUUCAUGAUUUAGGCAGCUUGAAUUGACCUGCUAAAAUACUAAUAUAAAGCAUUUUCGAUUUGGUGUUCACAAAUAUUUACUGCCAAACAACAUGGGUGUUAUAUAAUUUUUUUAAACGACAACUAAGACAUAUUUUUUUCAAAGUUGGGGGAUCCCUCCGCCGGUGCAUCCACUAAAACAAAUCGCGCGUACCCAGCUAGCCCACGAUGCACCGCAUAGCAGUGAGUCCACUGUGCAACAAUUAAUUAGCCCAGCUAGCGUGUGCAGUGCUAACCUGUCAGCAUUUGAUAAAUAUAUACACCCUGAAGGUUUAACUGUACGGUGAGAAAUGUCUGGAAGCGCCGGAGAAUGGUGCCUGAUGGAGAGUGACCCCGGAGUGUUCACGGAGCUCAUAAAAGGCUUCGGCUGCAAAGGAGCUCAGGUUGAAGAGAUAUGGAGUAUGGAACCGGAGAACUUUGAGAACCUGAAGCCAGUCCACGGGUUGAUUUUUCUCUUCAAGUGGCAGCCAGGGGAAGAACCAGCAGGAUCGAUUGUCCAGGAUUCAAGGCUUGACCACAUUUUCUUUGCCAAACAGGUCAUAAACAAUGCAUGUGCCACCCAGGCGAUCAUCAGUGUUCUGCUCAACUGCUCCCAUCCUGACAUGUUGCUGGGAGACACACUGACAGAGUUCAGAGAGUUUUCACUGAGUUUUGAUGGAGCUAUGAAGGGUUUGGCUCUCAGCAACUCCGAAGUGAUCCGUCAAGUUCACAACAGCUUUGCUAGACAGCAGAUGUUUGAAUUUGAUGCAAAGUCUUCAGCAAAGGAUGAAGAUGCCUUUCACUUUGUGAGUUAUGUUCCUGUGAACGGCAGACUGUAUGAACUGGAUGGGCUUCGGGAAGGUCCAAUUGACUUGGGAACCUGCAACCAGGAUGACUGGAUCAGUGCAGUUCGCCCAGUGAUUGAGAAGAGAAUACAAAAGUACAGUGAAGGAGAGAUCCGAUUCAACCUGAUGGCCAUCGUAUCUGACAGAAAGAUGGUUUAUGAGAAGAAAAUUGCAGAGCUCCAGGCUCAGCUCACAGAGGAUGAGCCCAUGGACACCGACCAGAGCAGCACGUUUCUUAGCUCCAUCCAGUCAGAGAUCGCCAAGUACCAGCUGCUUAUUGAGGAGGAAAAUCAAAAGCUUAAAAGAUAUAAGGUUGAAAAUAUUCGACGAAAGCACAACUACCUUCCCUUCAUCAUGGAGCUACUGAAGACAUUGGCAGAGUACCAGCAGCUAAUACCUUUGGUGGAAAAGGCAAAAGAGAAACAAAGUGCUAAAAAGGCUCAGGAGGCCAAGUGAACACCACCACCAACAAAAUCACUUUACCAGAGGAGGUUCUGAUCAGACAUAAGCACGCAAUCAUCCUGAACACCAGUCACUCAUUCAUCUGUGAGCCAAGUUCAGAUUCUGUACUUCACCAGUUUUCUUCAUAAGAGCAAGCAUGACAGCCUGCAGCACUCGCACACUGUGGCUUCCUGUGAAUUAUUCAGAAAGAACUGCACUGCAGCUGUAGCACAAAGACUGUCUGACAAAACGCUGUCUCCGUGUGUUUUAUUAGCGCUAAUGCAUGUCUGAAGGAAAAAUGUGGUCGUAUUUUGUUCUGUCUAUUUUCAUAAUAAAAUGUCUAGAUGUUUGUGAGGUGUUUGUUUUCAGACAUUUCAUUUUCAUCUUCACUCACCUCUUUGUUUUAUGUUUUAAUUCUGGCUAGAGAUUUUCACAUUCCCCCGCUGUUUAGCCGGACUUGGGUCUUUACUGCGACCUAUGGUCGAAGCACUGUAACAGCUGGAAGCAUUACAUUUUGAAAGUGCCCAGGACAGCUCAGUAAGUCUACAUGAUUAAAAUAAAAUACUUUUACAAUGCUGUGUAAAAGUAUUUAUUUUACACAGCAGUCAAUCAUUAGGAUGAGAUUUACAUGUCAUUAGUACAGCAUCAAGCAAAGGCUGAUUCAUUUUGGAUAAUGAUUGUUAUACUUUUUGAAAGUGCCAGUGGUGAACACGAGUGAAAGAAAAAAGUGCACAAGUAACGGGUAACCACAGCCUUUAUAGGAUUGCCCUUACCUGGGUUAAGGGGGAAAAGGACUGAAAUUACGCACUCUUUGCAAUUGAUGCAGCAAUUGAUGCAAAAGAAGCCCUGAGCACGUAUUGAGUACAUGCACUACAGUACACUGACAUACCUUUUGAACAGAGCUGCAGUUUACCAUGUAAUGAAAAUGUUCUGCACAUUUUCUAUGUAACAUUAUUUGAGAAACUUUAUUUGGGUUUUCAUUAGUUGCAAACUAAAUGGUCAAAAUGAACAAAAAUGAAGUCUUGAACUACAUCACUGAUAGAUCUAUGAUACAGGACAUUUUUUCAGUUUAGUGAAAUAAAACGGCUAAGGAUGUUUGAUGAUGGAUCAAAUGAUUUGAUAUUUUAAUUGGAGCUGCACCUGUAUAUGCUGCCAUAUGGUAACCAGCAGUAGCUGUAUUUAAAUAAUCCAAUAAAAAACUUUAAUUAAAAUAUUUAAAAUGA